AGUGUGUGUGUGUUCGUCUCAGUGGUCUUCAGGAGUGUAGAUGAGGCAGAUAUUACAGUAUGAUGCUUUUCUCAGGGGUCUGACUGUCAUCUUCUGUUCUAGUCUACAGCUGUUAGUUCUGAUUCAUAUUCAGCACAUUCACUUCAUACACACAUUCAUAUUGUUAUUUUUAACGAUGAUGAUAAUAAUGUGUAGGAAAGGAACUCUUCUGGCCAAUAACGCUCUGGCUCUGAUCGCUGCGCUCCUAUUGGCUCUGGGAGAGAUGGCCGGAUCCUUUGAGAUGCUCAUCAUUGGUCGGUUUAUCAUCGGCAUGGAUUCAGGUGUGUCUCUGAGCGUGCUGCCCAUGUACCUGGGGGAGAUCUCUCCUCGGCAUCUGCGCGGCUCCAUCGGUCAGGUUCACUCCAUCUUCAUCUGUCUGGGCGUCUUCAUCGGACAGGUGCUCGGGCUGCCGGAGAUCUUCGGACAGGAGAGCAGAUGGAACUUCCUGUUCGGUUUCUUGGCACUUCCUGCCCUUCUGCAGCUGUGUGUUCUGCCGUUUCUCCCCGAGAGUCCGAGAUUCCUGCUGAUGGAGCGCCGGGACGAGGCGGGAGCGGAGAGAGCGUUCCAGGCGUUUCUGGGCCGCUCAGACGUCAGUCGUGAGCUGGAGGAGGUCCACGCCGAGGGUCGUGCUCAGAUCACACAGAGGACGGCGUCGGUGCUGGAGCUGGUCAGGAAGCGUUCGCUCCGCUGGCAGCUGAUCACGGUGAUCGUGGUCAUGAGCUGCUAUCAGCUGUGCGGCCUCAACGCCAUCUGGUAUUACACUAACGGGAUCUUCCUGGACGCAGGCUUCCAGCCGACACUGAUCCCGUACAUCACGCUCAGCACGGGGGGCAUCGAGACGCUGGCCGCUGUCGUAUCGGGUUUAGUGAUUGAGAAAGUCGGUCGGAGGCCGUUACUGAUCUUUGGUUUUUCAGCGAUGGCUGUUUUCUUCAGUCUCCUCACAGUCUUCCUACAGUAUCAGGACAGGUUCUCCUGGAUGCCGUAUCUCAGUUUCACCUCCAUUCUGCUUUUGAUCGCAUCCUUCUGCUCCGGUCCAGGCGGCAUCCCGUUCGUGUUGACGGGGGAGCUGUUUGAGCAGUCGUAUCGUCCGGCCGCGUUCAUGAUCGCAGGAACCAUCAACUGGCUCUCAAACUUCGCUGUGGGACUCCUGUUCCCCUUCAUACAGGCAGGUUUAAUAAAUCCAGUGUUUGGGUGAGAUGCUCGUUUAAUCAGUUCUUAACAAAUGUGAAGUGAACUCUCGGAGCCGUACGACAGAGAUCCAGCGAAACAGAAGAACCGCUCAAGCUGCAAUGCAUGAUGGGAACAGGCACAUUGUUCAACAUGACACUGUUCGUUCAGAUUUACAACGUUUCGACAAACUCUAAAGGUCAACAACAUCAUUUUGUUACCAACAUAUUCUCAUUCAGGUUCGACAAAAUAAAUGAACCUAACAAUGUUCCAGCUGGGCUCUGAACACACGUCAUCUGCUGAUAAAGAAAUGAUUUAAUCAUCACUUGAAGUGAAAUAAACACACAUCAGUAAAGAAAUACAGUCAUCGUUCAGGGACAGUGUGUGUGUGAGGUUAAUGUGUGAACACACAUGUAAUAAAACACAUUCAGCUUAGAUCUGGACACAAUGAAGAUGAUCACAGGUUCUGUUCUGUUUUUAUGAUUGUGGUGAAGUGCCGAAGUCUUCUGAUGUAUGUGUGGAUUAGUAAUAACCUCUGACUGAGUCAUUAUUAUAUAUUAGUGUUACACACAUGAUGGAGUUACAGCACGCUUACAUCAUGCUGCAGAUCACACACACACACAGAGGUAGAGAGAGAGACACACACACACACACGCAACCAAUGACCUGGAUACGCUUCAGUCUCUCAGGACGUCAGGUGAGAUUCAACUCUCUCUAACACACACACACACACAGAUCUCCCAGAAUCCUCUGUGUGU